AUGUCUGAUAGCACAACAACAAAAAAGGCAGAGGCCAUUGAAUCCGUCAGGACAUACGAGGUUAUACCUCCAAAAGUUCCAAAAUAUCUUCGAUGGAUUUAUCUACUCGAUUCUUUCGGAGUCGAGGCGCAUGGAAUCGACCGAUAUACGCCCGAAGAGCGUCUUGAAUAUGUCAAUUCCACCAGAAAUGGAAGAUCAUGGCAGUUUUUUCACACGUUUGGAUUAUGGGUAGCUGCUUGUGGAGGACUCACUUCCAUGUCUUCUUUCUUUCUACCUACAUUGGUCUUUGGUUUGAACUUGCGAGACUCAAUGGUAUCUGGAAUUAUAUCCAUGAACCUUGGCUGUGCCGUGGCAGCCUACUUCUCCACUAUGGGCUCCAAGUCUGGGUGUAGGCAGAUAGUUGGAGCUAGGCUACUUUUUGGAACUUGGGGAGUCAAAUUGGUGUCUGUAAUUUGCAUUGUGGGAGGUGUAGGAUGGUCAGUGGUGAACUGUGUUGUGGGAGGACAAGUGUUUGCUGCUGUUUCUGGGGCUCCAUUGGACGUGGGAAUCGUCAUAAUAUCAGUAUUGAGCGUGGUAAUUGCGGUGUUUGGUAUCAAGGUACUAAUCAGAUUCCAGACGAUUUUGUCACUUCCAAUCAUCAUAGCAGUAAUCCUUUUUUAUGUGGUGGUCUGUGACAAGGCACAUCACAUCCCAGCUUCCAAUAAACUCAUAAAAGAUCUGGGAUAUUCCCUGGAAACGACAAGAGGUAAUUGGCUCUCGUUUUUCACCAUUGGCUAUUCUGUGACAGCUUCGUGGGGUUCUGGUGCUUCAGAUUACUAUGCUAUGUUUCCAGAGGAUACAUCCAGCUUCCUGGUGUACUUUUUAACAUUUCUUGGCUUGUCAAUUCCAACUACCCUAGUAGCAGUGGUGGGUACCUUGUGUGGUACCAUUGCGUAUUCUUACCAGCCGUGGCUCACAGCCUAUAAUUCAGGAGGCGUAGGAGGACUCAUGAACGAGACAUUUGACAAAUGGGGCCGAUUUGGACAAUUUGUCAUGAUCGUAUGGUAUUUUUCUCUCAUUUGCAACAAUAUCAUGAACACCUAUUCGGCAGCAUUUGAAUUCCAACUUUUGGACGAAAGACUCAUCUACGUGCCUCGAUGGUGUUGGGCGUUCUUGAUAGCCCUCAUUUAUUUUGCAUUAUCAAUCGCUGGUAAAGAACAUUUUUCUACCAUCAUUGGCAAUUUCUUGCCGAUGCUCGCAUAUUGGAUAUCCAUGUAUAUCACCAUUCUCGUAUUGGAAAACGUCCUUUUUCGCAGAACGCCAAAGCUACGGAAAAUGCACUGGCGUGAGUUUGAAAACGACGAAACCUCCGCCGACAAAUACCUCUUUAAUUGGAACAACUGGGACAGCCGUGCGAACACAACUAACGGUUUCGCAGCCAUGUCGUCGUUCAUUGUGGGUGCAGUGGGUGCAGUGGUGGGUAUGAACCAAACCUAUUGGCAAGGUCCUAUAGCCCGUAAAAUCGGAGCUUACGGAGGAGAUAUUGGGUUUUGGUUGUGCAUGGCGUUCACAGCGGUUAUCUACCCUCCUUUGCGGUACUUGGAGUUGAAAAGGUUUGGAAAGUGA